AUGGCGCACGCCGUCUCUCAACAAAUUACCCACGUGCGCGGCGCCGCGCAGAAGCGCGUCGCGCGCAAGAACGCGUCCGCGCGAGGCGUCGUUCGAGCGCGCGCGGGCGAAGGCGAGGUUGACCUCGCGCGUCGUGAGGCCCUCAAGAUGGCCGCUGGAGUUGCGGCGACGUUCGGUUUGGCCGCGAAGAGCGCGAACGCUGCCGAUGACGUCGCCUCCUCUCGCAUGUCGUACUCGCGAUUCUUGGAGUAUCUCGACAUGGGACGCGUGAAGAAGGUUGAUCUGUACGAGCAAGGCACGAUCGCGAUUGUUGAGGCGGUUUCGCCCGAACUCGGCAACCGCGUGCAGCGUGUGCGCGUACAACUCCCGGGCACGUCCUCAGAAUUGCUCAGAAAGUUCCGCGAGAAGAACGUCGAUUUCGCGGCGCACACGAACACGGAAGAUAGUGGCGCAGUGUUCCUCAACUUGCUCGGCAACUUGGCGUUCCCGCUCCUCCUCGUUGGGGGCUUGUUCUUGCUCACGCGACGUCAGCAAGGUGGCGGUAUGGGCGGUGGUCCGGGUGGCAUGGGCGGCCCGGGCAACCCCAUGGCGUUCGGCAAGUCCAAGGCAAAGUUUCAAAUGGAACCGAACACCGGUGUCACUUUCGAUGACGUCGCCGGUGUCCGCGAGGCGAAGAACGACUUCAUGGAAAUCGUUGAGUUCCUGAAGCGCCCUGAGCGAUUCACCGCAGUCGGUGCCAAGAUUCCGAAGGGCUGCCUUUUGGUCGGUCCGCCGGGUACCGGUAAGACCCUUCUUGCCAAGGCGAUCGCCGGAGAGGCGGGUGUUCCGUUUUUCUCCAUCUCCGGUUCCGAAUUCGUCGAGAUGUUUGUCGGUGUCGGUGCAUCCCGCGUCCGCGACCUCUUCAAGAAGGCAAAGGAAAAUGCCCCGUGCAUCGUUUUCGUCGACGAAAUCGAUGCCGUCGGCCGAUCGCGUGGUACCGGUAUUGGAGGUGGUAACGAUGAGCGUGAGCAGACCUUGAACCAGCUCCUUACCGAGAUGGAUGGUUUCGAAGGCAACACUGGCAUUAUCGUCAUCGCAGCGACGAACCGCGCAGACAUUCUCGACCCGGCGCUCCUUCGCCCGGGUCGCUUCGAUCGCCAAGUGCAAGUCGAUGUUCCGGAUCUCGAAGGGCGCAAGGAGAUCUUGGGAGUCCAUGCCAAAAAUAAGCGUUUCGAAGAAGACGUUGACCUUGAAAUGAUCGCAAAGCGAACCCCAGGCUUCUCUGGUGCUGACUUGUCGAAUUUGCUCAAUGAAGCCGCCAUCCUCUGCGGUCGCCGCGGCAAGACCGCGAUCUCCAUCAAUGAGAUCGAUGACUCCGUCGACCGCAUCGUUGCUGGUAUGGAAGGCACGCGCUUGAGCGAUGGUAAGGCGAAGAGCCUCGUGGCGUACCACGAAGUCGGCCAUGCCAUCUGCGGCACCCUCACUCCGGGCCACGAUGCCGUGCAGAAGGUUACCCUUAUCCCGCGCGGUCAAGCCAAGGGCUUGACGUGGUUCAUCCCGGGUGAGGACCCAUCUCUCAUCUCCAAGCAACAAAUCUUCGCGCGUGUCGUCGGUGCCCUCGGUGGACGUGCUGCUGAGGAAGUCAUCUUCGGUGAGGCUGAAGUAACCACGGGGGCGAGCAGCGACCUCAACCAAGUCGCCUCGAUGGCGAAGCAGAUGGUCACCACGUUCGGUAUGUCCGACGUCGGUCCGUGGGCGCUCCAGGAUCCGAGCGCUCAAGGCGGUGACAUGAUCAUGCGCAUGAUGGCGCGCAACUCCAUGUCUGAGAAGCUCGCGAACGACAUCGAUGUCGCCACUAAGCGCAUUGCGGACGAAGCGUAUGAGGUUGCCUUAAAGCAUAUCAGAGACAACCGUGAGGUGAUCGACGUCAUCACGGAGGAGCUUAUGGAGGUUGAAACCAUGACUGGUGAACGCUUCCGUGAGAUCCUCUCUAAGUACGUCACGAUCCCGGAGGAGAACAUUCCGGGUGAGAUUGAGAUGGCCACGGUGAACGCCGCUCGAUAA